GCCGUUGACGUUGUCUGCGCCAUUUACAAGAUUCCUCGACGUCAUCCACCACCAUGUCCAUCUCCCUUAUAAAAUUUCAUCUUCGCUUUCUUUUUCUACUACUGCUUUCUGUUUUCCUGUUCUUAUGGCGCCCCCUUUUGCUGCCGUUUGUCUCAUCUUUCUUUCCAUAUUCACCACCUUCUCCACUUCCUUUUCCUCCACCAUUGGAUUCGUAUACAUUUCGCGGCUUCUUGAUAUCCAGGAUCGCGAGAGGGCGCCUUCGUCUGUCCAAGUUGCUGCGGCUCGUGGAGUUCUUCGUCGCCUUCUUCCUUCGCACCUCUCCAGCUUUGACUUUCAAAUUCUCUCUAAGGACGCAUGUGGUGGGGAAUCUUGCUUUCUGAUCAGGAACCAUCGUGCGUUCAGGAGACCGGGGGAUCCUGAAAUUUUAAUCGCUGGUGUCACCGGAGUGGAGAUUUUAGCUGGCUUGCAUUGGUAUCUAAAGCACUGGUGUGGUGCACACAUAUCAUGGGAUAAAACUGGUGGCUCACAGCUAUUUUCUGUCCCUAAGCCUGGCUCAUUACCUCUUAUUCAAAGUGACGAAAUUAUUGUUCGGAGGCCUAUUCCCUUAAACUAUUAUCAAAAUGCAGUUACAUCAAGCUACUCUUUUGCCUGGUGGGACUGGGAGAGAUGGGAGAAGGAAAUAGAUUGGAUGGCUCUUCAGGGUAUCAAUAUGCCUCUGGCAUUUACUGGGCAGGAGGCUAUCUGGCGGAAAGUAUUUCAAAAAUUUAAUAUAAGCAACUCAGAUUUGGACGAUUUCUUUGGAGGUCCAGCAUUUCUUGCGUGGUCACGUAUGGGAAAUUUGCACAAAUGGGGUGGGCCACUGCCGCAAAGUUGGUUUGAUCAACAGCUUAUUCUGCAGAAAAAAGUUACUGGCAGAAUGUUUGAGCUUGGAAUGACUCCAGUUCUCCCAGCCUUUUCAGGUAAUAUUCCUGCUGCUUUCAAACAAAUAUAUCCAUCAGCGAAGAUAACACGCUUAGGAAAUUGGUUUUCUGUUCACAGUGACCCUAGAUGGUGCUGCACGUACCUCCUUGAUGCCAUGGACCCUUUAUUUGUUGAAAUCGGUAGAGCAUUUAUUGAGCAACAACUGAAAGAAUAUGGAAGAACUUCCCAUGUAUACAAUUGUGAUACCUUUGACGAGAACACUCCACCUGUGGAUGAUGUGGAAUACAUCUCUUCAUUAGGUGCAGCUAUUUUUGGAGGAAUGCAGGCGGGAGAUUCUAGUGCUGUCUGGCUUAUGCAGGGUUGGAUGUUUUCAUAUGAUCCAUUCUGGAGGCCUCAACAAAUGAAGGCCCUUUUGCAUUCUGUGUCUUUGGGAAGGCUGGUAGUCCUUGAUUUGUAUGCUGAAGUGAAACCGAUCUGGAUAGCUUCUGAGCAAUUUUAUGGAGUCCCUUACAUCUGGUGCAUGCUACAUAAUUUUGCUGGAAAUGUUGAAAUGUAUGGCAUUUUAGACUCAAUAGCAUCUGGACCAAUUGAAGCUCGUAGUAGUCCAUACUCGACAAUGGUCGGGGUAGGAAUGUCCAUGGAAGGAAUAGAACAGAAUCCUGUUGUGUAUGAUCUCAUGUCUGAAAUGGCUUUUCAACACAACAAAGUUGAUGUCAAGAAAUGGCUGUAUCAAUAUUCAAUAAGACGCUACGGUCAUUUAGUCCCUUCAAUACAAGAUGCCUGGGAUGUAUUAUAUCACACCAUCUACAACUGCACUGAUGGUGCCUAUGACAAAAACAGGGACGUAAUUGUGGCAUUUCCUGAUGUUGAUCCAUCCUCAAUCUCAGUAAUACCCGAGGGGUCGGACCGACAUGACACAGGUAGUCUCCAGGAUGCAAUAUUUGAACGACCUCAUCUUUGGUAUCCUACUUCUGAAGUAAUUCGUGCAUUAAAGCUUUUCAUUGCCAGUGGUGAUCAACUUUCUGGCAGUAACACUUACAGGUAUGACCUUGUGGACUUGACUAGACAAGCUCUAGCCAAAUACUCGAACGAACUGUUCUUUAGAAUUGUCAAAGCAUAUCAGUUGGAUGAUGUGCAAACAACGGUGAGCUUAAGCCAGCAGUUCCUUGAACUUGUAAAUGAUAUAGACACAUUAGUGGCUUGUCAUGAGGGAUUUCUUCUAGGACCUUGGCUACAAAGCGCCAAGCAACUCGCCCAAGAUGAACAGCAGGAAAAACAGUAUGAGUGGAACGCAAGAACUCAAAUAACCAUGUGGUUUGACAACACAGAGGAGGAAGCAAGUUUACUUCGUGAUUAUGGAAACAAGUACUGGAGUGGUCUGUUGAGCGAUUACUACGGUCCUCGAGCUGCAAUAUACUUCAAGUUCUUGAAAGAAAGCUUAGAGAAUGGGUAUGCAUUUCCAUUGAGUAAUUGGAGGAGAGAGUGGAUAAAGCUUACAAAUGACUGGCAAAGCAGCAGAAAGGUUUACCCUGUGAAAAGCAAUGGUGAUGCUGUGGACACAUCCCGGUGGCUUUACAACAAAUACUUUCAAGUACUUGAAAGUUACGAUCAAUGAAUCAGGUCAGCCCACGGAUAUGUUCUAUACCGGAUCUCUUAUAAGAUCAAUUCGGAUUAACUCUAGUUCAAUAAAUUGAUAUCGACUCUUCAG